AUGACCACGACACCACCCCUCGCGACGGGUGCCAACCCUCCGAUUCCCGCCGAACAGCUCGCCGCACUUACAUCGCUGCUGUCGGGUCUCACCGCUGCCGCUUCCGGCACUGCCACACCCGCCACGACGUCCGGCACCACUCGCACUGCCUUUCCAAAGCACGCACGCUUGGAUGGUGCGAAGACCUUCGCGAACUGGACACGCCAACUUCGCCUGUGCCUAGCGGACGACAUCCGCUCGUACGUCCUCGACGGUAUCGCACCCGACGACUGGACACCUUCGCAACGCUCCGCUCGCGACGCCGUCGCUCGUGAGGUCCUUGCGAAUUCGAUUGACUCGGCCGAAGUCUCGGCAGUCCUCGACAAAAAUCCCUACCGCCGACCUGACAGCGCCGACAAUCUACUCGACGCUGAAAUCGCGGUACGCCCCUGACGACGCCACCCGCACGCUCGAGCUCUUCUCACGACUCUGGGGUUUCCGUCCCAUGCCCGGCACGGUUGCCGAAUUCGACGGGUGGAUCAUGGACUUCAAAGCCGUUGCGCAAGAGAUCAUCGACACAAAGACAACUAUCAAUGAUGUUCUCGCCACACUCCUCCUUGCAAUCGCCCACCCGUCCCUCGAGAGCUUCAAGGCGUCGUUCACCGAUGAACAGCGCACGCAACGAACUCUCCCCGACAUUGAUUCGCUUGCCGACCGUAUGCGAGUCCAACUUCGGUCAACGAACAUCCUAUUCGAUCAACUCUACUACGUCAGCGAUGUAGUUAUAGCCAAGAGUGAUCAAUGCAUUUCAACAUACCUAUUCGAUCAACUCUACUACGUCAGCGAUGUAGUUAUAGCCAAGAGUGAUGAAUAG